AUGGCAAUGCCAGCAGCCUACUGCGAGGGUGCCUCUAGUGAUGGUGUCAACGUGGAGGUGGCUCGUGCCUGUCCUUUAUUUAUCACGAGGGACGAGGAGUUUAACACUGAAGCCAGUAUCAAUGCGUUGAGCAGUAGGGGCGCAAAAGGGACUCCAAGCAGCAGAGAAUCGGUUGCAAUUGUUAAGCGGCCUCAACCGGUGGCGCCGAAACCUAAGAACGUGGAAGAACGCUCAGGAUUAAUAAAAAAGAGAAGCGUUAAACUGGUUGAUUCACCCAAAGAGCCGUCAGCUCCUACAAAAAUGGAGAGCAAACCAAAUGAAGGAGUCGAAGAUACGGAACUGCGAAAAGACUUCGUUUGA